GUAGACCUAGCUCCUCUCAAGGGAGUUGCAGAACUCCUUGCGCCCAUGCAAGAAUGUUCCAAAGCAGGCUUCUGGCAUGAUCAUCAAGCUCAGAGAAGCAGUCCACCACCUCAACAUUCUCAGCUUUGCUUUGCGCUCAAUUCAUAAAACAGAUCGAGAACUUGGCAUCACAUCCCCACUCUGUCGGUAGCUCAUUAUUUCCUGUUGACAACGAGCGAGAAUGUUGAGGUCUACCUGUCGCUCCUUGGCGCCUUGCGUCCUACAGCGGCUAGAAUGUGGCCGACACAGAUGGAGAAACCUGGCGAUUAUUUCCAACCGCGGAUUUGUGGAAGCAGCCAGCCAUCACCCUCUUCUUGCUGAUCAUCGUCAGAGGCUCGUGGGACCAUCUGUGGGCCCAGCUGUGGGACCUGCUGUGGAACCAGCUGUGGAACCAGCUGGUUCUAUCUCAGAAAUGCUGCGUCAGAGAUUUGCGGAAGUGCCACCUGUGGAGCGAGAUGGUUCUCUCUCAGAACCGCUGUCAGAAGUACUACCGCUCCGACAAUCACACCAUACUUUCCCUCAUGUACAGCAUCCAUUGAAACCGAAAACCAACCCAUUCAACCUUAGAUUGAUAGAUAGGUAUGAGGGGCCCCGCAGGAGGCACUUCUGCGGCUGGAUCUCUUCCUUCAAUCCUCCACAGCUCGGGGAGGGGGAUUCUGUGCAAUCCCUCUGUUUGCCAUCUGAGUUUGGUCACGUAUGUCGUCCAACGUGUGUUUCACGUUCACUGGGGCUUGAUUGGUGUGCAGAUUCUCGAUGCCGAUGCUCGUUUCCUGUUUCCCGGCAUUGCAACCAGCUUGGCAGCAUUCCUUCUUAUCAUUGCGUUACACAUGUUCGCAGCAGGGAGUUCUCCAGCAGGUCUACAGAAACCACUGGAGUUCGAAAGGAAGAGAUCAUAAGGGAUGCAAGCUUUGCUAGAUUAGAUGCGGACGACCUUGAAUUCUUUACGCGCACCAUUGGCAGUGCAGGUGUGAUUACGGAUAAAGCUGUUCUCGAUUUGGCAAACACGGACUGGAUGCGAAGGUACAAGGGGUCCGGGCAAGUCGUCCUCAGACCAAGGACCACUGACGAGGUAUCGAUGAUUCUGAAACACUGCCAUGCAAGACGAUUGCCGGUUGUUCCGCAAGGAGGGAACACGGGAAUGGUUGGGGGAAGCGUGCCCGUCUUCGACGAGGUUAUUCUGAACUUGGGUUCCAUGGACAGAGUUCUUUCGUUUGAUGAGGUGGGCGGUAUUCUGACUUGUGAGGCAGGGUGCACUUUAGGGGAUGUUGACGCCUUCUUGGAAGAGAAAGGGCACACAAUGCCAUGGGAUUUCGGAUCAAGGAAGACUUGUCAGAUUGGAGGGAACGUCUCCACAAACGCGGGAGGCAUCCACUUUCUGCGUUAUGGAUCGCUUCGUGCUUUGGUUCUGGGACUAGAAGUGGUUCUUGCUGAUGGAACAGUCUUGGACAUGAUGUCUGAAGUCAGAAAGGACAACACAGGGUACGACGUCAAGCAGUUGUUCAUCGGUGCAGAGGGAACCUUAGGUGUGAUUACGAAAGCGGCAAUUUUGGCGGCUCGCCGACCUUCUUCCGUCCAUGUGGCCUUCCUUGCGUGCAACUCGUUUGAAGAUGUGAAGCGGACAUUCUCGGCCGCUCGUAAGGAAUUGGGAGAAAUCUUGUCAGCCUACGAAGUCCUGGAUAGACAGUCGAUUGAUUUGGUUCUAAAGCACAUAGAGGACACAAGUGACCCCCUCCCGGACUCCCGGCAGCCAUUCUAUAUCUUGAUAGAAACAUCGGGGAGCAAUAAAGAGCACGACAGAUCAAAGAUGAAAGCGUUUGUUGAUAAUUCCAAGAGGUCCGGUUUGUUCGUGGAUGGGCUGCUUGCACAGGACGAAGAGCAAAUGGCGGCACUAUGGCACAUACGCAAGGGAGUAGGUCAUGCCCUGCAACGUGCGGGUGCUCACUAUAAGUACGAUUUGUCGAUCCCGAUGAUACACUUUUACGAACUAGUUGACGAAAUGCGCGCUCGGCUGAAAGGAGAGGCUGAUGUGAUAGGCUUCGGCCACUUGGGUGAUGGUAACUUGCAUCUGAAUUUUGUGGUGCCGAAGUAUGAUGAGAGGGUUGUUUCAAAGAUCGAACCCUAUGUUUUUGAGUGGAUCGCAGCAAGGAGAGGGAGCGUAAGUGCCGAACAUGGUCUUGGCCGAAUGAAGGCAGAUGCAAUCACGUAUAGCAAACCGGAGAAUGUAGUGAAGCUCAUGGGAAGUGUGAAGACGCUUUUUGACCCCAAAGGGAUACUAAAUCCAUAUAAGGUCCUUCCAAAGUGGGCAAGGAAUGACACCUAACUUCAAUCCUGCUUCUGAUUGGAUUGGUUGGGAACAUCAAGCUUGCUUCUGAUUGGUUGGGGACAUCAAGCUUGCUUCUGAUUGGUUGGGGACAUCAAGCUUGCUUCUGAUUGGUUGGGGACAUCAAGNUCUGAUUGGUUGGGGACAUCAAGCUUGCUUCUGAUUGGUUGGGGACAUCAAGCUUGCUUCUGAUUGGUUGGGGACAUCAAGCUUGCUUCUGAUUGAUUGGGCGCACCAGACGGGUCUCCAGCUGCAUCUUGACAAGGGCAUCCCGGGCAUCAGACGGCUAUGGCAUCCAGGAU